GAAAAAAAAAACCGGAGGUUGAGGUUCAGUGCCCUUGGAGGUUUUGUGGGAGACGAGACGACGAGCAAUCGGAGCUCACCGGAGCACGUUCUUCUUAUUACUCUACUUGUUCUUUCAUUUCGUCAUUCAAUUGGAUUUAUAAUUUCAUACGUAACUAGAGAGAAUCAACAUGAAGACGACAAAGGGAGGCAAAGUCAUGAACCCUACCGACGCUUACCGCAAGGAGCUUCGGAAGAAAGAAUUGAAAAGGAACAAGAAGGAAAGGAAGAAGGUAAGAGAGGUAGGGAUUCUGAAGAAGGACCCUGAAACCCUCAAAGAGCAAAUUGACAAGUUGGAAGCAAUGAAGGCAGAUGGUGCUUUGGACAAAGCCAGAAAACACAAGAAAAGACAACUUGAGGACACAUUGAAUCUCGUCCUCAAGAAAAGGAAGGAAUAUGAAGAGAAAAUGAAGGAAAAGGGUGAAGCUCCAGUUAUGUUCAGUCAUUUAGGGCCUCCUCGGCGACGGACAACCGCAGAGGAAGAAGAGAGAGCUAAGCACCCAAAGCCUGAGGAUUCUGUAUACUAUCAUCCUCAAUGGAACCCUACUGGUGCUCCUCCACCUGGAAAGCCUCCAAUGUUCAAGUCAUCGAUAGGACCAAUAAUUCCCUUAUUGGAAGGUUCAUCAAGUGGUGCUGCAACUGUUGCUGAAUCAGAUGAUGUUGCUUCAUCAAUUCCUCCCCCACCUCCACCACCUCCUUUGCCACAAAGUGGUGAUGCAGAGCCUAGAGACGACGCUCCUCUACCUGCUUCUCUGCCUUUACCCCCUCCGCCACCAAUGCCACCAAAGCCUGCCACGUCAGAGUUGGGUACCAUGUUGCCACCACCUCCUGGCCCUCCAUCUAAAGAUCAAGUUCCAAAUCGCCUUGUGCUUCCUCCCCCUCCUCCGCUGCCACAAACUGCUCAGCCGCCGCCUCCUGGCACCGCAGGAACUGAGAGGGAGAAAAGUCAGUCUUCAAAAUCAGAUGACUCGGCUUCCAGAGAAGCGAUUCAGGCAUCUACCAAGCUUCCUCCACCGCCUCCACCACCAGGGUUGCCACCAAAGUUGACCGGCAAUCAAUCUGAAGGUGGUUCAGAGCCUGGUCGCAAUAAUGCUUCAGAAACCAAGGACUUCUCUAAAAUGGUUCCCCCGCCACCUCCUCCAAGGCAACAGCCUCCAGUUCCAGGACCUGGCAUGGUCCCUGUUUUGCAGGCAGAGGUGCUACCCCCAGGGAUCUCUCGUUUUCCACCGCCCCCGCCUCCUCCAUUAUCUGCUCUAGGAGUUCCUGGCCAGCAACCUCCUCCUCCUCCAGGAAUGAUGCCUCCAAUGAUGCCAAGGCCGCCUUUUGGGCCUCCCCCAAUGAUGAGACCACCACUUCCACCAGGCCCCCCUCCUCUUCCAAUGGAGGACCUAAGACCAACUGUACCUCAAAAACCAUCAUACGUCAAAUCAGCUGCAUCCACUGUUGUUAAGAGGCCUUUAGCUCAGCAUACUCCACAACUGACAGCCAUGGUGCCAGCAUCAGUACGGGUGAGGAGAGAAUCGGCUGCACCGAAGACAAAACCAAAGCCAUCUGUUUCAUCAUUGGUGUCAGCUGCUGCACCAACUCCGGCUGUUGUGAAACAAGCAACGGUUAAAGUGUCAUCUUCUUCUUCGUCGUCAUCAGCUGGGAAACCUGGAAGCGUAGAUGAUUCGUACAUGGCAUUUUUGGAGGAUAUGAAAGCUCUUGGUGCUCUCGACAACUGAUGCAUAUAUAUAUUUUCCAUCCUCAUUUUGGUGUCAGAAGUAUCUAAGGCUUUUAACUGAUUCUAGAUUGUAUCGGAUUAGACACCAUGGGCCAAAAUUUAAGGUAGGAAGAAGAGAACAAAAAUGAACUGCAGAAGGAUUUUAGUUUUGUAUUCGUGCUUCUUUUUUAAAUCAAUCUUUUAUCAUUAAGGUGAAAA